UAAUAAUUGACAAUUGUUAACUAUAUUAUAACUACAACUACAAGGCGACUUGCUGUCGCAAUGUCGCGGUCGUAUAGGUACACCAAGUGUGACUAUGUCUAUCAUUUCAACCGGCUGAUAUCAUCUUAAACCGAUUACUUCAUUAGCUAGACCAUGCCACGUAAUAUAUGAAUGACUGGCGGAACACGUUUUCUAUAGUUAAUGGUUUACUUCAUCACCUCGAGUAGUACCUAAUUACAUAGUCCAAACGUCAAAAUUCUACAGUUGCCGUCAGACAGUGUUCGAGCGUACAGUACGAAGCAGAGCACCGGAGACGCGUUUAAUGUUUACCGAGCGCCUUUGAUGAUUAGUACCAUCGAGUGUAAUCAAUUCUAAUACCUAAUCUAAAGUCCGAAAUUAAUAAUUUUUAAUCAUACAUAACUUUUGUGACCUGUGUUCGACUUUGACGAAUUAUAUAACGUAAACAUCAGGGUUUUUUUUUUUUUAAAUCUUGUCCGAUAAUCUAAUUAGACACCGCCACUUCUACUGCACUAUUUUCGCUGUUGGUGAUGCUACUUUGAUGGAAACUUCUCAAAAAUAAUUCCAAAUAACGACUUCAUUUUAUCAAGGACACUACAAGAAACAAAAUAUGACACUUGCAAAAUUAAUGUUAAAAUUAGGUCUUUAUUCAACCACACUAAUUGGCAUCUUCACCCUGCUGCCUUUGACACAGGACGUCACUUUCACAAAAUAUAGUGUCACACCACAAAGACCAUUAACAGGACCGUUAGCGUUAAAUGAUAAGUUAUCAGGCAUAUCAAAACUUUUUGAAGAUCAAAUCGUAGGACCUGAAGGUCUAUUGUAUUAUAACAAUACUUUGUAUACAACAUUGCAUUAUGGCCAUGUUGUUAAAAUUGUCAAUGAUGAAAUAGUUCCUGUUGUGAAAUUUGGAAAAGUAUGUGAUGGAUUACACGAAGAACAUAUCUGUGGACGUCCACUUGGCCUAAAUAUAGAUAAAUCAGGAUUUUUAUAUGUAGCUGAUGCCUAUUAUGGUAUUUUUAAAGUGAAUUUAAAUUCAAAUCUAUACGGUGCAAAAGAGCAAUUAGUUUCAAUGGAUGAAGUUAUUGAUGGUGCACGACCUAAUUUACCAAAUUCGGUUGUAGUAGCUUCUGAUGGUACUGUAUACUGGACAGAUUCUGAUAUAAACUAUAAAUUAUAUGAUGGAGUUUAUACAAUGCUUGUUGAUGGAACUGGAAGAUUAUUGAAAUACGAUCAAAAAACUAAAAAAAAUACAGUGUUGAUGAAAAAUCUUCAAUUUUCUAAUGGUAUAGAAUUAUCAAAUGAUGAAUCAUUCAUAUUGGUGUCUGAAAGUAUAAGAUAUCGUGUUCUGAAGUAUUAUUUGAAAGGACCUAAAGCAGGAAAAAGUGAGGUGUUUAUUGAUGGUUUGUCAGGAAUGCCAGAUAAUAUUAAAAAAAAUAGCAAAGGGUCAUUUUAUAUUCCAUUAGUUCUUACAAGAACUCCAAUUCUCGAAAAUAUUGGUGAAUAUCCAACUAUUAGAAUGAUGAUUACUAAAUUUCUUGGAAUAAUUGAUUUUACAUUGCUAAAGAUCGAUUCAUUUUAUCCUAAUUUAUAUUGCAAAAAAGCUAUGCAUUGGGUUGGCCAUUUUGAAUCCAUAUUAUUCAUUAAGUCACUGAGCAAACAUCGACUUUCUAUUUUAAAAGUUAAUGAAAAAGGUGAAAUAUUAUCAAGUUACCAUUCUUUAGAUGGAAAAGUAACUGGAAUAUGUGAUAUUGAAAUAAUUGGUGAUAAAUUAUAUUUGGGCUCACCUUUCAAUACCUUUUUGGGAGUUACUAAGCUGCCACAAGGGUUUUAAUAAGUUCAAACUUUUUAAAUAGUAAUGCUCAAUUAUUUUUAAACUGUUUAUUACUUGAUUUUGUAUAAGCUCAGAUGAAGCUCCGUGUUAAAAUUAAAUACAUUAAUAAACCCAGUGAAUAUCUACAGGAUAAUUUUAGUACUCAAAUCAGAAUAAUAUCUUUAUUUUGUAAACUUUAGUACCUAUGUAAUAGACUUAAAUUAUUUUUGUUAACUAUACAUAC